AUGUCGGCCGCAUCAUCCCAAGAUAAGGAGAAACAGGCCCGGAAAAUCAGCUACGGUGUUGACCGGUUGAUUGCCUAUGUAGCACCUCCACCGAAAGACAUCCCAAAAGAGCAGUACCAAAGCUGGGCAGAUUCACACGCAGGCAAUAUUCAUACCUUCUUGCAGGACAAUGCUUCACCUACUGUCGCAUCCGACGUCAACCAUGCCUCGGACCUUAUCAAGCGCAAGCUCAUCGCAACGAGUCCUGCGCAGGCGCUGCGCUUCUCAAACCUGUACUCACGACUGCUGGCAUUGCCAGUCUUGAAUCAGAAAUGGGCAAUACUGUCUCUGCUCAAUAACCUGGCGGACUCGCCAAACCAGGACGAGGAUGAUCCGGUCGCAUACCAAGAAUAUAUACAAGAGGAGCGUGAGGCGAGGCAGGAAGCCAAGCUAGAGAAGAGACGACAGUCUCGCGCUGAAGCAAGCAGACACCCAGCAGAACUCGAGGCUGUCAGAAGCCCAAGGGAAGCCGCGCUCAAAAUCACCACCGACACCGAUACUUUUCCCACCGCCGGCGGCCUAAAGAGAGUGGUGGAAAGAGCUCGGGGUCUCCGAGAUCAACCACAGGAAGAGUACGAGUCCAAUCAGGAUAAUCUCAUUUCAGCGAGUGGUUCACGACCAGCCUCCUCCAUGGGCGAGCAUAAGCGCAAAGCCACCAUGGACAGGAUGCCUCAGAGCCCUAGUAAACCAAGAGACGUCGUGAUCAAGUCUAGUCAAUUAUCAGACAACUAUUCCAGCAUUGACCCGACUGAACCAGUCCUAUUGCGCGAUCUGCCAUACACAUUGCAAGGGCUCUCAUCAACGAGUCUACCAUUUGGAAAAGACUAUACGCUCAAGCUUCCACGUACUUUGCCGACACCUAUUGUCUCCAUCUUGAACACACUUGCAGAACCUUCUCUUCUCUACCGGACCCUGGAGGACUUUGUCAAAACGCCAGCCAGAGGUCUCUUGAAUCAAAGUCUUCGUGCUGCCAUUAGCAAUGAGCUUCGCGCUUACUUGACACUGAUUGCGACACUCGAAGGACAGAUAAGACUGGCUCUCGCGACUAUUGACGACAACGCCCCACGCAGCGGCAUUGGUAAAGCAGGCGUCACCUUGAAACGUUGCGUGGUAUGGACCAGAGAGGCCACCAUGGGACUGCGGCUCAUGAGUUUGAUAGCAGAGGAAUCGAAAAGCAAAAAGGGCGGCCAGCUCAUCUCGUUGAUCCAUUCCUUCUCCUCACUCCAUGGCGACCCGGUCGUUGCAGCAUUUGCCGAGAGGCUCCUGACCCCAGUCACACGGCCUUUCUACGAUGUUUUGAGGCAUUGGAUUUAUGACGGCGAGCUAUCGGACCCCUUCCAAGAGUUCUUCGUACGAGAGCAGUCACCUGAACAGAUGCCAAAGGGCAAGUCUGGCUCCACCAAUGUAUGGGAGGACAAAUAUGUUGUUCAAGAGUCCAUGAUUCCCUCUAUCAUGUCCGCAGAUUUUGCCGAAAAGAUUUUUCUGAUCGGCAAAUCCCUCAACUUCAUCCGACAUUCAUGUGGCGAUGCUCACUGGGUAGAGUCCUACAGUAAAGAAUCUUCAAAAGAGUUGCGAUAUGGAGAUACGGAGACUCUAGAAUCAUGGAUUGAUGAUGCAUACAAGACGACAAUGCGUCGCUUGCUCCAUCUCAUGACUCAAAAAUUUCACCUCUUCGACCAUCUCCGAGCUCUGAAGUCUUACAUCUUGCUAGGUCAAGGCGACUUCAUCGCUCUGCUCAUGGAGUCUCUAUCUGGAAAUCUCGACCGCCCAGCUGGCGCUCAGUACAGACACACGUUGACGGCGCAAUUAGAGCAUGCCAUACGCGGCUCUAACGCGCAGUACGACUCGCCCGAAGUACUCAAGAGGCUUGACGCGCGAAUGCUCCAGCUCACGCACGGCGACAUCGGCUGGGAUUGCUUUACGCUCGAGUACAAGAUUGACGCACCCUGCGACGUUGUCGUUUCAGAUUGGGGUGCUCGCCAGUAUCUAAAGGUGUUCAAUUUCCUAUGGCGAGUCAAGCGCGUCGAGUUCGCCCUGUCUUCAUCCUGGCGCAAGGUAACCACGGGCUCGCGCGGCGUGCUACAGACGCGCCACCGCACAGUCCAGCAGACGUGGAAGACAACACGCGGCAUUCUAGCUGAGAUGGUCCACUUUGUUGGUCAGCUGCAAUAUUACAUCCUUUUCGAAGUCAUUGAGUCGUCGUGGACUGAGCUACAGCGCCGGCUUACCAAAGAGGACUGUACCCUCGACGAUAUUAUUCAUGCUCAUACGAAAUAUCUCGAAUCCAUCACGCACAAGGGCCUCCUUGGCGUCCGCCGCCGCCGUUUUGGUGGCGGCGAAAAGGACGAGGACGAGAACUCGUAUAUGAUCCAGCUCUCGGAACUACUCCGCACCAUGCUCGCGUAUCGCGAUUCAGUCGAUGGCCUGUACUCGUGGUCCGUUUCCGACUUCACUCAGCGCCAGGAGGCCGACUUCCAGAACAAUGCCGUCUCGUCUCAUCCCAACGUGACGACUCGGCCAUCGCGCGCCAAUCCCCAUCCCUCUGAAGAGGAUGACGAGCAAGCUGUCCCGGGCGGCGAUGGCAGCGAGUUCCCCGCCCUCCAGGAGCGCCUCAAGCACCUAGGUGACCGCUUUAGAAACCAGCUUCAAAUUCUGCUGGGCGACCUGGCUUAUCAGUCUGAUGUCGAUUUGCGAUUCCUUGGCGUCGCCAUGAACUUCAAUGACGUAUAUCAGCCCAUUAGGAAAAAGGCCAAGGGAAUCUCUGUGAGCACGACCAGGACUGCCGCCGGGGCAGUGGGAGGAGGCGGCGGGCAAGCAGGCCUUAUGGAUAGUAGCAAGAUCUCCAAAUGA